GGCAGUCCAUUUAGCAAACCGUGCCUGCUCUUUACGGUGCAGAGUCCGCCGUGAAACUGCCAGCGAUGUAGACCAGCCCGUUUCCUGACACCGAGUAAGAGCAGUCGGAUAUUUGAAGCUUUCUGACGGAAUGGCGUACGCCAACCGAGAUAUUUCGACUUCUCGGCUCCGUUGAAGAUUGUGACCCCAUCCAGCGACAACAUCAGCUGGCUAACAAGCUAACAGCUGUCACACCGGAAAGGCCGCCACCGCCGCCGCACCGGGUGGGGAUUUAACUUUCUCUGCCCGUAACGUCUAGACUGGACCGACUGAAAGUCGCCAUAGCCACUGAUUAACUAUUUAUUAUAUAUCGGUAAGAAUGGAUACAUCUUUGGGAAUAUGCCAGGAGCAGUGUUUGGCAACUGUGAGAGGUCAGGAGCUGAGGUCUGGCCAGAGGGAGCCCAGGCUACUGUCACUAAUUGAGCGCAGUGGAGAGUUUAUAUUGGGUGUUUUGGCCACCCCCGAAGCUGUUGUGUCUCGUCCAGUUGCUCAGCUGUCUAUACCCAUCAAUGGUAAUUUUGAAAUCGUACGCGAGGCCGAAGAAGCUCUUCUUAUUGACUUCUCAGUAGAUUCCUGUGUUAGGAUAAGAAUUAAAGGCGAAAAAGCCCCAGAGCUGCUUUUGGAACUACAGGAUGAUGAUCGGACUCAGACUUUCUUCGCCCAGGUGAAGAGUGCACAGGAGCAAGUUGAAUCCAAAGCCAGAAAACCCAAAGCGAUGGAACCCCUUGCCCCAUCAUCCCCAAGAGGUCCAGUCCCCAUCCCACCGCAAAGAGCAAGCAAGAUUGCUAACUCUGUGGGCUCUGGAGUUAACCCAUCCAAAUCUGCCAGUGCACUGCCCCCCAACCUGAACAACAUGACUUCAACAAAUCAGACUGACAAAGAUCCAGUUCAGUCGCUUGCCUCUGACUUUGGCUUUGAAGACACCUUCAACCACGCUCUCAAAGUGGAGGAAAAGAAGAACCAUCAGAAUCGCAUAGUUGCCUCCAGAGAGCCUCCUCCUGUUCCCCCUCUACCUCCUCGCAAAGCCUCCUACACUCCAUCCAAUCCUCUGCCCCCUGCACCAGUCCCUAAAGAGAGAGCUGUGCCUGUACAGGCUAAAGACAAUUCCUUCAUCAGCAACACCAAACCAGAUAGUUUUAGGUCAGGGUUUGACCGUGUGGACAGGCCACCAUCUUGGUGUGAGAGCCCUACCACUAACAGCAUGAGACAAGCCAUGUUCUCCAGCCAGGCAGGACAAAGGGAAUACCUCAUCAAACACCGCCUGGGGAAGAAGGAGAACGAGUAUGUGGACAUUCAAAACUUUAGGUUUUUCACAGGUACGUGGAAUGUGAACGGCCAGUCCCCGGACAGCAGCCUUGAGCCGUGGCUCUGCUGUGACCCGGAACCUCCUGAUAUUUAUGCUCUGGGUUUCCAAGAAUUGGAUCUGAGCACUGAAGCUUUCUUCUACAUGGACUCGUCCAAGGAGCAGCUGUGGGUGGAAGCUGUGGAGAGAAGUUUGCACCCAAAGGCCAAGUACAAGAGGGUUCGGAUCAUACGGCUAGUUGGGAUGAUGCUUGUGGUCUUUGUCAAAAAGAAUCUCAAGAGUCACAUCAAAGAAGUGGCUGCAGAGCAUGUGGGCACGGGAAUCAUGGGAAAAAUGGGGAACAAAGGAGGCGUGGCGGUGAGGUUUGUUUUCCACAACACUAGUUUCUGCAUCGUAAACUCACAUCUAGCAGCACACGUGGAAGACUUUGAGCGACGCAACCAGGACUAUAAAGACAUAUGUGCCCGCAUGACCUUCCACUUACUGGAACACCCUCCUCUCAAUAUCGUCAAGCAUGACGUAGUAAUCUGGCUUGGGGAUUUAAACUAUCGUCUGUUCAUGUACGAUGCUGGUGAGGUCAAACAGCUCAUUGCUCAGCAGGAGCUAAAGAAGCUUCAGGAAGUUGAUCAGCUGAACAUUCAGAGGCAGACAAAGAGAGCCUUCACAGACUUCAUGGAAGGAGAGAUUAACUUCAUUCCUACGUACAAGUAUGACCCCAAGACAGAUCGAUGGGACUCGAGUGGGAAGUGCCGUGUCCCAGCUUGGUGUGACAGAAUCCUUUGGAGGGGCGACAAUGUCAAGCAGCUCAAAUACCGAAGUCACAUGGAGUUGCAAACAAGUGACCACAAGCCUGUCAGCUCCCUCUUCAGUAUAGGGGUUAAGGUGGUAAACGAGCUGCGACACAAAAAGGUAUUUGAGGAGAUUGUUCGAGCGAUGGACAGAAUGGAGAAUGACUUCCUUCCAUCUGUAUCGCUGAGCAGGAGAGAGUUUACAUUUGAGAAUGUCAAAUUCCGGCAGCUUCAGAAGGAGCGCUUCCUCAUAAAAAAUGACGGGCAGGUCCCCUGUCACUUUGCCUUCAUCCCCAAACUGAAUGACAUGCAGUAUUGCAAGCCUUGGCUGCGUGCCGAGCCAAGCGAUGGAUUCUUAGAGCCCAAUGAGACCCUGGAGAUCUAUCUGGAGGUGUACGUCAGUAAAGACUCUGUCACACUGCUGAACUCUGGAGAGGACUCCAUAGAGGACAUUCUGGUGCUCCAUCUGGACCGUGGCAAGGACUACUUCAUUACCAUCUCUGGCAACUACCUGCCCAGCUGCUUUGGCACCUCACUGGACACUCUGUGCCGCAUGAAGAAGCCCAUCAGAGAGAUCCCCAUCACCAAACUCAUUGACCUGGGAGAGGACAGCUACAUGGAUAAGGAAAAGUCAAAGGUGAGCUUCCUGAUGGUGGAUGGUGCAAGUACUGAGGACAAACCUCUAAAGAUUCCCAAAGAGGUGUGGAUUCUGGUCAACCACCUCUUCACCAAGUCCUGUGAUCAGGAGGACCUGUUCCAGACACCAGGCCUACAAGAAGAGCUGCAGAGCAUCAUCGACUGUCUGGACACCAGCAUCCCAGAAACCAUCCCUGGUUGUAACCACUCUAUGGCUGAAGCUCUGUUGAUCUUCUUGGAGGCCUUGCCGGAGCCAGUAGUGUGUUACGAGCUCUACCAACGGUGCCUAGAGUGUUCUCACGACAGUCGCCUCUGCAAACAGUUGAUCUCCCAGUUGCCCCGGGCUCACCGCAACGUGUUUCGCUACUUAAUGGCCUUUCUGAAGGAACUUCUUAAGCACUCACUCAACAACAACCUAACAGCUAGCCUCAUAGCUACCCUCUUUGCCAGCCUCCUUAUCCGACCACCUCCCAACCUGGUGGGCAGGCAGACACCACACGAGCGGCAGAAAGCCAUCGACUUUGUCCUGGGUUUCCUCAUGGCGGGAGACGAGGAGUAAACGAGGUCAAGGGUCCCUCACAACAUCAGUCGGGUUUGGACUUGAUUCCCAACCUAGACCUGUAGGACACUGUGUAACAUGAUCCACUUGGUAUUUUGCGAUCUUUUGGGAGUCCAAUGCAGGUGUUCUGCACCCUGCUUUUCACAAACUCUCAUAUUAGAGGUACCCCAGACUUCCAUUAGAAAUGUGAUGAUUUUACCGAGUGUCAUAUCUUUGUUCACAAUAUGACUGCUCACUGGAUUUGGGAGAACUUGGCAGAGGUUUGGACUGAUGCCUAAGCACUUUCUGAUGACCUAAAGGACCUGUGCCUCCAGACUGGAGUUGUCCUCGUCCUCAGCUCACCUUUCUUAUUGUAGGUGCUCAUGCCAAAAUAACCCCUGAAUAGUGACUGGUAUGAAUGUGAAAACACUAUGUAUCCAUAGAUGCUAAGAAAAAGACUCCAUUACACUAAAGAAAAGGAAAUUCCUGAAGUCGACUGAAUACAAAUGUAGUGUUCAAAGUGUUGAAUAGUUUGAAAUGGAAUAAUUGUGGAAAUCUGUCACUAAGAAUGUUUAAAAGCUUAAGAUGAAUCAUGACAAUCAUUCAUUUUGCAACAUUUGAGUUGAGGGGACAACAUUAAGAUAUCUUAGAGUUAUUUGUUAUCCUGUCCAUUUAAUUUUUAACUGUUAUUUAUAUAUUUUUUCUUCCACAUUUGCACCAUCUGAACAGGUUUUGGUUCCUACUACGGUUUAUUUUCAGCUCUGCAUUGUUUUAAAACUGCUUCAUUGGAAAUAUUCAUCUAUUGCUUUUAUCAUCCUGUUAUAGAAAACUCUGUCAUGAGUGUGUGCUGUGUUUUUCUUUUUUUUUUUGUGUAACUUCAGCCGUGAGCCUUACAUCUUGUUUUGCCAGUUCCUCUUGAGUUACAAAACAAGUCUGUUAAGACACUAACUUCCUGGUCUACCGGAAUCAAGCGAGGAGUCACCCUCUGUAGUUCUUGAUGUCUUAAAUGGUGUAAAUACUGCAGUGAUCAUUUCAUGGGUAAUUGGUUGUUGGUAUAGUGGUGCAAAUCAGUAAUGGUGUCUACGGUCUAUCAUGUUUGUCAUGAAGGUGAUACUGUUAAUGUCUGUGUUUGUUUACAUGUCCUUUUCCUCACUUCUGCCUCAUCUGAAAGCUCAUUAUUCAUCGUUUUACGCCUGUGUGAUGCCAAGACACAGCCGUUGUGUUCCUCAUGGUAAAUCCAGCUGAGUAAUACUUGUUUUAAAUGAUGCAGCAUUUUCUGGGUGCAAGAUUUAAUGGCUCAUUACUCUGCAGGAUACAGCCUGUCUUUGUGCACCUUUCUCAUUUGUGCCACAGAGGAUUUUUCUUCUGCAAUCACUGUUGCAAAACUUGUAAUGGUUAUUGAAAUAAGGAACUUCUGUGCUUUGUAUAAUGAACGGUAUUUCCUCUUUAACAGUUUUUCCUUGGAGAUGUCAACAUCAGCUUUCUCAGUUUACAAAAAUAUUCACAUCUGUGACAUUAGUUUUAAUAUGCUCAGUAUCUCCUUCAGUGUAGUGAUGCCAGAAAAAACCUAGAAGUUUUAUUCUCAGAUUCUUCAGGAACUUUGCUUCAAGAUAUUUUCUCUUUAUAGACAGUGUGAGCACAUGACGUAAUGUGACAACGCUGACAAUCAUGGCACUUAAAAGGAAAAGCCUAUUAGGCAAAAGUUGCUGUACUCUUGCGUAGUUUCUUCUGCCUUAUUGCCAUCAGAACACUAGAUUCUUCUGUUGGCCUUAACUGAAAUGAGCAUUGCCAAAGGGUGGCUUGGGCCUGAAGGAAAAGUCCCAGGACAUUCAGAUUUGGGAGGACCAUUAUACAUUAGCCAUUUAGUUAUUCACUUUGUGUUUAGAAGUACUACCCUCAUUAUGUCAAACAGAAAAAUCAGUAUAAUCAAUAGCCUCUGAUUUUAAAUGUUGUCUUAUGCCACUGUACCAACUGAUGUAUUUUGUGUGGAUUCAUUGUGCUUUUUGUCUUCAGUUUGUGUUCAGAAGAAUUAAGGUACAUUUAAAGGUACGCAAGGAAACACUCGCACCUGUUUUCAACUUUUCAGAUUUUUUGGUACUUUUAAUUUAUUUAACAGAAAUAAAACUAGGUAUAAAGCUG